AACCCCUCAACCAGUUUGGCCAUAAAUAUGGUGUUAGAGUGUGUGCUCUUGUGUUAAAAAAAACCUGUUCACCUAGAGGAAGAAAGAGAGAUAGGGAAAAUCAAAAUGGAUUGGAUCAUAUGGGCGGUUUUACCGGCGACUCUACUUGUUUAUCUCCUCAUCACUCGAAACAACACCCAAACACCCCCGCCAGGCCCCACAGGCCUUCCCAUCUUGGGCCAUUUCCACCUCCUCGGCCCCAACCCCCACGUCUCUCUGCGCAACCUAGCCCGAAAUCACGGCCCCGUCAUGGGCCUCCGCUUCGGCCUCGUGCCAGCCGUGGUCGUGUCCUCCCCGGCCGCAGCUGAGCUCGCUCUCAAGACCCACGACCUCGUCUUCGCCAGCCGCCCCCGCAACGACGCCUCGCGCGUCAUCAGCUACGACCAGCGCAAUUUAGUCUUCGGCCCCUACGGCCCCUACUGGCGCGACAUGCGCAAGCUCUGCACAUUGCACCUCCUCAGCGCCGCCAAAAUCACCCAAUUCGAGCCCCUCAGGAAGGCGGAGGUCGGCCUCCUCGUUGCCUCUCUGAAGGAGGCUGCUGGCGCUGAGGUCGUUGAUCUCAGCGCCAGAAUCUCUGCUGUCAGCGGGGACAUGAACUGCUUGAUGAUCCUCGGGAGGAAGUACUCCGACAGGGAGCUCGAUGAGGAGGAGGAGGGGUUCAAGGCUCUGUUCACCGAGACGGUGGAGGUGGCGGCGCAGUUCAAUCUCGCUGACUACUUCCCCUGUCUCGGGAGCCUUGAUCUCCAAGGCCUCAAUCGUAAAAUGACGCGUCUCAGCAAAGUGUUCGACGCCUUCUUGGAGAGAAUCAUCGAAGAUCACGUCCGGAGGAGGUGGGAGAGGGAGCGGGGCGAGGAUUUCGUUGAUAUUAUGAUGGCGAUUAUGGAGUCUGGCGAGGCUGGAUUCGAAUUCGACCGUCGCCACGUAAAGGCUGUGCUCCUGGAUUUACUGAUAGCGGGAAUGGACACUUCUGCAACUGCGACAGACUGGGCCAUGUCAGACCUGAUGAGACAUCCAGCAGUGAUGAAGAAACUCCAGCGGGAAAUUGAGUCAGUGGUGGGAUUGGAUGAGAUGGUUGAGGAAUCACAUCUUGACAAACUGGACUACUUGGACUGCGUGGUGAAGGAAUCCAUGCGCCUCCAUCCCGUGGCGCCCCUCUUAAUUCCUCAUGAAUCGAUGGAAGACUGUGAGCUCCAAGGCUUCCAUAUACCGAAGAAAUCAAGGCUUAUGGUGAAUGUGUGGGCCAUGGGAAGGGAUCCUGAUGUUUGGGAUAAUCCGGAUGCUUUUACACCGGAGAGGUUUGUUGGAAGUGAUGUAGACGUGAGAGGCCGCCAUUUCCAGCUCAUACCCUUUGGUUCGGGCAGGCGGGGCUGCCCGGGGCUGCAGCUAGGACUGACCGUGGUGAAACUGGUGGUGGCGCAAUUAGUGCAUUGCUUUGAUUGGGAGCUGCCCAAUGGUAUGAAGCCUGAGGACAUAGACAUGUGUGAGCACUUUGGUUUGGUCACUGCUAGAGCUAAGCCUCUCAUGGCCAUUCCUACUUAUCGCCUACAUGUGUCUUGAAUUCAGUUUCUAUUUAUUGGCAUCUCAAUGCUAUUUGCUCGAAAAUACAUUCUAGUUUAUCUCUUAAGUCAUAAUAACGAGAUAAUAUUAUACCACUUUGCAGAGUGUAGCUUAACUUUGUUUUAAUAAUUAGAUUAUGGAGUAAUGUGUAACCAACGUCUGAUUAAAGCUAAUUAGAAGUCAUUAAGGAUUAGGCAA